GUAUUAUCAUUAUAGCUCCCCUUUCAGACCUUGCAAUCUUUAUACUAUAAAUAUAUUGUUAGGUACCCAUUUGAUCCCAAAAUUUAAAAUCCCAGUCUUCACCAGUAUCUGAACCCCAGGUUUGGAAGCCAGGCGCUUUACCUCUCAGCCACCCUGCCUCCGCCUCCAUAUUAUCAUUAUGGACAUUAUGACAUUUGAUCUACAUAGCGACCUGACCUUCAGGAUUGUUAAACAAAAACAAAGCAGCCAGUGUAUAGCUGCAUGUCCUGUCCUUAGUAGAAAUAUCUGACUGUAAAGAUCUAUAUGUACUCAACUUCAAGUGAUUGGUACAUCAAGAUUUGAUCGAAAUUUAACUUGCAUUGUAGUUAAUCCCAGAAAUAUUUUGAAAAUCUUCAAGAAAAUAAAAAGUCAAUGGAGAUUGACAAUUCCAAUAGCAACUCAAGUUUUUCAACUCAAAAUGGUCAAGUAAUUUCUAUAGUUGACAGUGAAUCUAAUGACUCCAAUGAAAAUGAACUAUCAAAAAGUAAUAGUGGUUCACAGCAGAAUAUGACAGAGCUACUAAGGACUGCUCAACAAGAAUCAUUAUCAUUUGAUCAGAACGUACCUGAUGAUCAAGUUACUUCUGAAUUAAAAAAAUUAUCUUUAGACCAAAAUGGAACUUUUAUGGCUGAUUUUGAUCCUGAAAAAUCAAAAAGAGAGAUGCGUAAGAUGAACAGGAGAUUGUAUAAAAAUUCCAAGAGAGGAUAUUUGUAUGACGAAAGGGGUUUUCUGUUGGAAAACUCCUGGGAUCUGUGUGACUGUUUGAAUAAGAACUGUCCAGGCUGCCACUUCCCUUGUCCGAAAUGUGCUUCACCUAAAUGUGGCAAUGACUGUAGGUGCAAUAGAAAGUAUAUUGUUGACUUGAUUGAGAUUGAAGGAACUGAUGUUAUAUACAGCUUUCCAGAAUAAAGUUAUUAAAUUACUUAAUGUAUAAACAGAGACAUGAACGUUGAAGAAACUUAAAGGUGAAAAAAAUUCAUAUGUGUGUUGCUGAAAAACCAUGUAUGUGAUAAAUGAAAAGAUAUAUUAUAAAGAAUUGGUGCACUACAAAUAUUAUGGAGUACUUAUUAAGGAUUUAUUUCUUUUAGAAUGUAACUUGAAAAUACUUUGAAUUCUUCUUCUUUUAGAAUACUAAACACUUAAAGAACUUAUUGCAUUCAGAUGCUUUGAAUGUGAGACUGAGUUCUUUAUUCUCAGUAUAAAGUUUGCGGCAUGUCAAAUAAGUAAAAUGUUUCUGCACUGUUCAACCUGGGCUCCUGUUUUUGACUGAGCUUGCUGGUAACAGUGUGGAUUUCUUGAACAUGCUCCUGAGUUUGAGGUUGCUAACAUGAAGAUCUGAUUUAAGCUUACUGAUGGCUUUACCUAUUUUGACUUGCCCAUAAUUGAAUAAGAAGUGGUUUGAUUUGAUAUAUUAAUUAAAUGUGGCUUUUUUUUUUAGUUAUAGUUGACCAUAGGUUAAAAAAAAGGCAACAAUGAAAUGGCUUGUUUAGUUAUAGAUGAAUAUAGGUUGAAAGGAAGUCUAAGUAGGCCUACCUAGAUGUAUAUACCAAACUGAUCUUCUCAGUAUAACAAGUUUAUUAUUUAGUAUUAUUGAAAUGAUAUUGAAGACCUUGUUCUUCUUAUGUUUCAUCCAAAGUUAUGUUGAGCUUGAAAAAAAAACUUUAUAAUCUUUGUUUGGUGCACUUGAAUAUAUACAAGACUUUGCCAACUUUGAUUUGUUCUUCAUCUCAUCACCAUUUAAACAUUCAGAUCUGACUUUUAGAUUUACUAUAGACUAUCAAAAUAUCGCUUUUGACUUUUUUUUAAGAGAUCGAGAUAGAUUUAGAUCUAUAUUUGUAUGCCAGUGACUAUUACAGUAAAUUUAGUAUUGAAACUUACUGUUUUAGUUAAAAUUCGCCCUAUUAUUUUUAUUAAAUGAAAGCUGACAAUGCCUUUUUUUUAUUGCGAGUAGGAUUGGCGUUUUCCAUAUUGAAUGACACACCACUAUUACAAUUUUGUCUAUUUUCAGAGCAUAUUUUGAGUUUUCAUGAUAUUUUAAAUAAUUUCAGGAGAUUUUCAUGACUUUUUUUUGUACACUUUGUAAUUUCAGGAGAUUUCCAGGAGUUCCUGGAAAUUUAGGAGAUCGCGGAAACCCUGUUAUAAGUUAAAAUGGUUUAAUUUAAUAAUUUACAACUAGAGGUAGCGUGGGGCCUAUGAAAGUGCGGGGCCCACUGUGGCCGCAUAGGUUGCAGUGCCCUAAGACUUGCCCUGGGUGAUUGUCCCAUUUUAUCUAAAUAUUCACAUUAUACAAUCUUUAAAUAUAUUUAUUGUAUAACUGUAUUGAUGUUUAAUGUCAAUUAAUAACAGACCAAGUCUCAUUUUCUUAUUAAAUACGAAAUUCCCACACUG